CUUUCACGACACUCCUUCCGGCACCUUCUUCCACCUUCGCAGACGUGACCAUUCGGUCUCCUCUUGUCGACUACGGUACACUCACAAAACUCCCUUCGACAAUCCUCGGAAGGCCGACAACUUCAUUCAUACUCUCCAUCUCCUCGACCCGUUGAUUCGGCUGUCGGGACCCUGCCUACGAACAACUACUCACUCAACCACAACCCCAGGAACUUUUUAAUCAACGACCCAUUUGGACUGGACUUUUGGAUCAGGAUCCCUUGCUGGCCGUAGGAAAAUACUAUCCAGUGUUUUCUUCUUAUUUUCCUUUUCUGUCUGCCGUGCCAUUUUGGAUUAUCUUUCCGGCCCUAGGAUCUACUUCAACCUAUAUACCCAGUUCUAGGAUUUUGUCAGAUACAAUCAGAUAACAUGCAGCAACAUGCCAUUUUCGGUUACCAAACCCCUCCGCCAUCUCCCGGAUUCGAUCAUCCCAAGGUCCCGGUUCAACAGCCCUUUGCUGCUCCUCGACACUUUCAGGCCCGAUGUAUUCCUCUCGCCCCGGAGGCCAGGCUGGGCCGCGUGCUUGAGGGCACUCUCCAGUUGACUGACAUCCUUGGCACCGGCGCUUAUGGCGUCGUCUACCUGGCUGUCGACCUUAAGACCGGAGGUAAAUACGCUGUCAAGUGCUUGAGCAAGUUCAACCCCGAUGGAACCCCUUUGGAACAAAGACAAUUUGCCUACCAACAACGAGAGAUUCGUCUACACUGGAAGGCAUCGGAGCACCACAAUGUGGUUCAGAUGCUCAAGAUUGUUAAUGAUCCUGACUGCAUCUAUGUUAUUCUUGAAUACUGUCCCGAAGGUGACUUGUUCUUGAAUAUCACAGAGCGUGGUCAAUACGUUGGUAAGGAUGAAUUAUCAAGGAAUAUCUUUCUCCAAAUCCUGGAUGCCGUUGAACACUGCCACAACCUUGGAAUCUACCACCGGGAUCUUAAGCCGGAGAACAUCCUAGUGACAGACCACGGAGACACUGUUAAGCUGGCUGACUUUGGUCUUGCCACUUCUGAUGAUCGAUCCGAGGACUACGGAUGCGGUUCAACAUUUUACAUGAGUCCAGAAUGCCUGGACCCCUCUGCUAGGAAGCCCUACUAUCUAUGCGCCCCCAAUGAUGUCUGGAGCCUUGGAGUUAUUCUCGUCAACCUCACCUGUGGACGCAACCCAUGGAAGCAAGCCUCUUCCCAGGACUCUACUUACCGUGCCUAUGCCGGAUCCAAGGACUUUCUCAAGACCAUCCUCCCUCUUUCAGAUGAAUUGAACGACAUUCUGGGACGCAUCUUCGAACCCAUCCCCGAGCAACGGAUCACUCUUCCAGAGCUCCGACACAAGAUCAUGGCCUGCUCCAUGUUUACCGUGCCGCCCAUGUCGGCUGUACCGACACCUCCGGCCUCACCAAACCACAUUAUCGAAUACGUUUCUUCCGAGGACGCCAUCAUUGACGACUACGACUAUGAUUCACCCGCCUCAGAUGAUGAGGGUUCGCUCACCUCGAGCGACUCUACCAUUGAUGACCUGGACGACGAGUUUGAACAGGAACGCCAGAUGCCCCAGACUCCCCCCGAGUUUGCCCCGCACACGUUCGACCCUGAGGACCCCAAAGAACACCAACUCAUCUACCACAGCCAGGAAUUCGUUCCCCAGAAGUACUCUGGGCCCAUCCCCGUGCCAGUGGCCGUUCCCCCUCAACCCAUGCUUUGCCAACAGGUUCCUAUGCCAGUACAGGCUCAGGUCCCCGUCCAAGCUCCUUGUCAACCCAAAUCAUACUUCCCUAUCUGGGAUAUGGUUAAAUACGUUCAACAGGUGCCGAUGCUUCAGCACCAUGUACCUUUCCAUCAACAGGUCCCCUUUAUGCCCACGUUCCAAGGCUGUUAUUAAGCUCGCGACAUAAAACGUCACCUGCUUUCAACAUAACAACCACUUCUAUUAUCAUUACGACCUUACCUGGAUGAGAUACCACCAAGGCCUUAACCCCGCAGGCCGAGGACACUAUUUGAUUCUACCAUUUACCACCUUGGAUAUUACUCGACAUUUUUAAUAUCGACCCUUGGCCCUGUAUACCCACCACUGAGGGGACCACACCACUCACAGGAACCCAGCUUAAAGGCCGUGCAAGGAUACGCCUACCAAAAAUAUUUUACGACCCUAUGAAUGACAGUCUGGGAUUGUUUCUUUUCGGCCUCGAUUCCACAUCUUGGAUCAGCGUUUCCGGUUUUUAUUUUAUUACUCUUUUCUUUUUCCUUUGUCACAAAAUUUUAUUUUCACUUAUAAAAUACCUUUUUAAAAAGCGAGGAGUUUUGUCUUUUCGAAUCUUAUGAGGAUGGGCAAGAUAUCAGUUGUAGAAGCAUGAUGUUUGGCGCAUCAAGAUUUUUAUGGGGGGCACCUUUUGUUUUCUCUACAAAGACAGAAUGUCUGGAAGAUGGAGUUGUCCACUUCCUGACUUUGUCCUUUUCUCUCUCUACCAGCCAAGACUGGCCCACUAUUGGAAACCCGGAUAUACCAGAGGAUAACGACAUUUGUGUUAUUUGUACUCCUCGUUUUUGUUUACUGCUAUGACUGUCUUGGAAAGGCGCUUGUCUUUUUUCUGAUAGAAGUGGGAAGAAUAGCCAUGGGUAGUGCUCGAGUUGGAUCAGAGAUACCUCUUUCAAUUAUUUUUAUCAUGACGGAUCGGACGAAGGAGUUACUUUUCUUUUUCCAGCGAGGAAGAAAAGAGAAUGAACAAGAUGUCUUGGAUUUGACACUUGUUACAAGAUUAGAGAAGAAGACAUGGCUCGAUAGCCACAGCGCAUAAAGCAUAGCAUUGCGUCGCGCAACAUACGUUUACUGAGGGAAGACGGCACCUCGCACAAAAAAGAUGCAUCUGCCGAUCAUCCAAUGAAUGAAAGA